CCCUGUUUUCUUCACAAAUUUCAGAACUAGCCAAGAAAAUUCAGGAACCGUCAAAAACAUUCCGGAACGGUUGGAAAACAUUGAGAACCUCGAGGCACCACUUGGAUCAUUCAGAAAAAAUUGGGAAUGUUCAGGAACCCUUUCAGGACAGUUGGUGAAAUUUGGGAACUUUGGAAGACCUUCAGGAAUUAUCUCCAAUAUACAAGAACCCUCAUGAACUCGGGAAUAUUGAUGCAACGUGAAGGGACAUUCAGGAGCCUUGAAAAACUACGACGUGUCAUUGGGCCAUUCUUGUUCCGGUCGGUUUUUGCGAGGAAGAAGGCGCUUAUCUCGUGAUAGAGUAGAACUGAGCACCGCCUGUCUUCUCGGCCCCGGGGACGAGGGGACAUGUGAGGGGGUGGAGCCACGCUUAUAAAAGGGUAAAGUGCGAAAGAACAUGCAUGCACGUGUGUGAGCGGCCUCGGCGGAGACCCGGUCAGCGGCGAUGGAUGAACUGAGCCCAAGAGAACGAGAACUGCUGAAGAUCCGGCGGGACAGCGACAGCAAGGCCACGCAGCUGCUCAAGAUGGAGAAGCUCAUGCAGCAGACCAAAGACUUGAUGGACAAGCGCAGUGAGCCGGACAAGGUCCAGGAAAACAUGGUGGAGGACCUGGAGGAGAAGGUGCGCUCAAGUCGGCGCCACCGGCGGAACUCUCUGCACCACACUCAGAUGCUGGAAAGUCAAAUGAAGACGGUGAAGGGCGAGCUGGAGGGAACUUUGGACCACCUCCAGGAACUGCGCAACGUCCUGCGUCGCUCGCAGCAGAAAGCUGAGGAGCGCAAGGCCGCCAUGGAGAAGCUGGCAGCUGGACUCAGGUGAACGCCCGGGCACCAGGACCACAGAGCACAACCCCAGCCAGGCCCAGACUGAAAGCAUGAUCACGAGCCCCUUCUUCUUCUCCUCCUCCUCCUCCUUCUACAUUUUACUGGUCCAGACUGUGCGACAUGCUAGUAAAUGAGCUCUACGAGACUGGAUUUGUCUCUGCUUGGCAAGAGUAGACUACGUUGCGCUCAACUAUGCUAGUGUAAACUACAUUAAGAUGAUGUAGACUGAAAGAAAUUGCAAGUGAAUAGUGAAACCACCUUCCAUUAGUCUGCUUAAACUACGUAAACUCGACCAGACUUGACAAGAUUCUACUUGGAAAAACUAGAUUCGCCUACUCUGAGAUAGACUAGACCAGACUAGAUUAUUGUAGACUAUAAUCUAGGCCUACAUUGUAUGUACGAGAAUAGUCGACUGUACUAGACUGGAUUAGAGUAGAUGAUAUUUGACUCAACUAGACAAGAUAAAACUAGAUGAUACAUUUAACUAAAUGACUACUAUUAUCCCCGCACAAUUUCAUUGAAAUAAAAAUGAAAACAUUUUU